GGGAGAGAGAGAGCAAGACCUGUGAGGAGCGAACGAACGACGAGAAAAACCGCAAACGACAAAUGGCACUCAUGGCCGGGAUUUUGUUUACGGUGAUCUCUGUACUGCUUGGAAUGUCUACGCUGGUUUCUUCGGCACGGAUUUACCCCCCAAAUGAAGUGACGUUACUGGACUCCAGAUCCGUAGCGGGGGAGUUGGGCUGGGUCGCCAACCCGACAGAAGGAGGGUGGGAGGAGGUGAGCAUCAUGGACGAGAAGAACACUCCCAUCAGGACGUAUCAGGUCUGCAACGUCAUGGAACCCAACCAGAACAAUUGGCUUCGAACGGACUGGAUCCCCAGGGGCGGUGCUCAGCGCGUAUACAUCGAGAUCAAGUUCACCCUGCGGGACUGCAACAGCCUCCCGGGCGUCAUGGGAACCUGCAAGGAGACCUUCAACCUCUACUACUACGAGUCCAACAACGAUAAGGAGCGCUACAUCCGAGAGAAUCAGUUCGGCAAGAUUGACACGGUGGCGGCCGACGAGAGUUUCACCCAAGUGGACAUUGGAGACCGUAUCAUGAAGCUGAACACGGAGGUCAGGGACGUCGGCGCCUUGACCCGGAAAGGUUUCUAUCUGGCCUUCCAGGAUGUUGGAGCCUGCAUCGCCUUGGUCUCGGUACGGGUGUUCUACAAGAAAUGUCCCCUGGCUGUGAGGAACCUCGCACAGUUCCCCGACACCAUCACUGGGGCUGACACCUCUUCCCUGGUGGAGGUCAGAGGAUCCUGCGUAGACAACUCAGAGGAGCGUGACGUUCCCAAAAUGUACUGCGGGGCGGACGGAGAGUGGCUGGUGCCUAUUGGGAACUGCCUGUGUAACCCAGGCUUCGAGGAGAGGAACGCCGAAUGCCAGGCCUGUAAGAUUGGUUACUAUCGUGCUCUGGCCACAGACGGCUCCUGCUCCAAAUGUCCCCUACAUAGUUACUCCACCAGAGAGGGAUCCACAUCAUGUGUCUGUGACAAGGGCUACUUCCGCUCCGAGACCGACCCAGCCUCCAUGCCCUGCACCAGACCCCCGACCGCCCCGCUCAACCUCAUCUCUAACGUCAACGAGACGUCGGUAAACCUGGAGUGGAGCGCCCCGCUCUCGUCUGGCGGUCGGCAGGACCUCAGCUACAACGUGGUCUGUAAGCGCUGCGGUCCGGAGGGGACCAGGUGUCUCCCCUGUGGGAACGGGGUCCACUUCAGCCCCCAGCAGCUCAGCCUCAGGGGAACCAAGGUGUCCAUCAACGACCUGCAGGCCCACACCAACUACACCUUCGAGAUCUGGGCUGUCAACGGGGUCUCCCAGCAGAGUCCUGGACCUGAACAGGCUGUAUCGGUGACCGUUACCACCAACCAGGCCGCCCCUUCUCCGAUCAACUCCAUCCAGGCCAAGGACGUCACCAGACACACCAUCGCCCUGGCCUGGCAGCAGCCAGAGAGACCCAACGGGGUCAUCCUGGAGUACGAGGUCAAGUACUACGAGAAGGACCAGAAUGAGAGGAGUUAUCGCAUCAUCAAGACCUCGUCCAGGAACACUGACAUCAAAGGCCUGACCCCUCUCACCUCGUACGUGUUCCACGUGCGCGCUCGCACUGCCGCCGGCUAUGGAGAGUUCAGCGCUCCCUUCGAGUUCAUGACCAACUCUGUUCCAGCUCCUGUCAUUGGAGACGGGACUAACUCCACGGUGCUGUUGGUGUCCGUUGUGGGCAGUGUAGUGCUCCUCCUCAUCCUCGUCAGUGCCUUCAUCAUCAGCAGGAGAAGGAGUAAAUACAGCAAGGCCAAGCAGGAUGCUGAUGAAGAGAAACACCUCCACCAGGGUGUGAGGAUAUAUGUAGACCCCUUUACCUACGAGGACCCCAACCAAGCUGUCCGGGAGUUUGCCAAAGAGAUUGACGCUUCCUGUAUCAAGAUUGAGAAAGUAAUUGGCAUUGGUGAGUUUGGCGAGGUGUGCAGCGGUCGUCUCAAGAUGCCAGGAAAGAGGGAGAUCUGUGUGGCCAUUAAGACCUUGAAGGCUGGCUACACGGACAAGCAGAGGCGCGACUUCCUGUCUGAGGCCAGCAUCAUGGGCCAGUUCGACCAUCCUAAUAUUAUUCACCUGGAGGGCGUGGUCACCAAGUGUAAACCAGUGAUGAUUAUCACAGAAUACAUGGAGAAUGGAUCCCUGGAUGCAUUCCUCAGGAAGAAUGACGGGCGGUUCACUGUGAUCCAGUUGGUGGGCAUCUUGCGUGGCAUCGCGUCGGGCAUGAAGUACCUUUCCGAUAUGAGCUAUGUUCACCGAGACCUGGCCGCACGCAACAUCCUGGUCAACAGCAACCUGGUGUGUAAGGUGUCCGACUUCGGGAUGUCACGAGUCCUGGAGGACGACCCUGAGGCUGCCUACACCACCAGGGGGGGAAAGAUUCCCAUUCGCUGGACGGCCCCAGAAGCCAUCGCCUACAGGAAGUUCACCUCGGCCAGUGACGUCUGGAGCUACGGCAUCGUCAUGUGGGAGGUGAUGUCAUACGGAGAGCGGCCAUAUUGGGACAUGAGUAACCAGGAUGUGAUCAAGGCUAUAGAUGAGGGGUACAGGCUGCCCCCGCCCAUGGACUGCCCAGUGUCGCUGCACCAGCUGAUGCUUGACUGCUGGCAGAGAGAGAGGAGCGACAGGCCCAAGUUUGGCCAGAUCGUCAACAUGCUGGACAAACUCAUCCGCAACCCUAACAGCCUGAAGAGAACCGGAGGAGAGACCGCACGACCCAGCACCACUCUGCUGGAGCCGGUCAGCCCAGAAGUGUCCUCGGCCCUGGGCUCUGUAGAGGACUGGCUGCAGGCCAUUGGCAUGGAGAGAUACAGCGACAACUUCACUGCAGCAGGGUACACCACCCCAGAGGCUGUGGUCCAUAUGACACAGGAGGACAUGGGCCGAAUUGGAAUAUCCUCAGCUGCGCACCAGAAUAAAAUCCUAACCAGCGUCCAGGGAAUGCUCUCCCAAAUGCAACAGAUGCAAGGCAGAAUGGUUCCUGUCUGAUCUACAAGAAGGAAACAAUGUCAUUUCUUACGGAUAAUUUAAAUAAAAUAUCAAAAGACAAUUGAAUGAUAAAAUAGUUUACCUCAUCCAUGCACUUUAAAUUGGAUUAAAAAAAAAAGAAGAAACUACAAGAAAAGUGGGUAAAAAAAAUGGCACUUUUUCACAGACCUUAGGCCUUGCCCUAGGAAGAAUGGGAUAUUUUUCUGUUUGAACGCCGCUGGGAAUCGGACGGAUGGAAAGAUUUUCGAGAGGCCAACUGGAGUGCCUUCAACGGUUUGGAAGGAAUUCCAAUGGGAUCACUCCUCUGGGCAAGAGUGUGUUUCUGGAACUUUCUUUUUGGAAUAUCCAAGGAGCAUAUUUUUUCCUGUAACUGUGUUCUGUUAAGUUUGUUUAUGAAUUGUUCUCUGUGACUCUCUGCCAUACCCUCCAUUGUCUUUCUCAGCUGGAUCCGUUCGAACGCCAACAGACAAAAUGGAGAAUUCCAACCUUCAGAUAAACAUUGUUUGGAAUCUGAGCGGUUGAGGGAGGGAAAGAGGAGGAGGGAAGGGGCUAACUUUGAGAGGUUCUGUAUUUUUGCUCUCUUCUAGUCUUGUUUUGUCCCAGAUUGGGCUGUUUAGUUGCCCUCGGGACAUCGAACAUUUUCCUCAGAAUGUCUUUGAUCUUAAGAGAUGCAUCCCUACCCCCUGUGCUCCCAAACCACCAUGAUCCCCUCCUUACCGCUGCCCCCAUUUUAUUUGGAUCAUCCAUCUUUCCAUCACCCCCUCUGGAUUAGAGUCCACCCCCUGGGUCACAUUACAGCUCUCCUGUUUUUGACUGACAGGUGUUUGGACCACACUGAUUUUUUCUGUGAAAUUGCUCCCUAAAUUUGGGACUGAGCGCAAAGGAGCAUGGGAUAUAUUAGGCCCAACUGUUACCCACUAGGGAGGCUCGGAUGGAUACGUAAAACAAACAACUGCAACGACACCCGGAUGAACAAAAGAACACAUGCUGGACAAUAUUCUGUCGUCAUCCACCAUGCUGCCGCUGUCUGUCAACAACAGGAUUCCUCCCUCUCUCCCCAUGAACACAAUUCCUGCUCUUCUUGGAGUCGCCUCCAGCUCCAUGGGAGAAAACCUGUUUCUCCAUGUCCGGGAUGUUUGCCGUUUAUCGUCACUCAGAAUGGACAAACAGACUUGACGUUCCACGUGCCGCCACCAUCAGCUUAAAGACACCAUAUGAAUGAUUCUGCAACGCUUAAAAACAUUAAAAGAAUGUAAUAUAAAUUAGACCCUGCUCCAGCAGAUGAUGUACUUGUUUUAUGUAAUGUUGAAGUUUGUUUUCUUUCGUGUUUUUCGGUUUGCACGUUGUGUGUGAGAAAAGAAUGUGGGAUUGUGCAGAUGUGGGUGCGUGUGUGAGAUUGAACGGGUGUGCGUGUGUAUCUGUAUGAGGGAUGUUUUUUUCGAAGUACUAUCAGUAGUUGUGUCUGUUUUAUGCCACUGCGGAGAGGAUUUAUGGAUUUGCUUUUUGGAAACUUGUGAAUUGCUUUGUGUGGGCAAAAACAAUGUUAAGUGUGCCAUUGCACCUAGUCUGCAGAUCCGCCUCAGCAACAACAUUUCAAGAGCUUUGAAGUUUUGAACACAUCCACACCCACAACUGCAUUGGCUGUGAUAGUGGUUUGCAGAUGGGCAGAAGAACAAUAUCCUCCUGUACCGACAGAAAGACGUUUGGCAGUCAGAGGCACAGGUUCUCGCACUAAAUAGAAAAGGACUCCGAACUGAAGCGAACAGGCUGGAAGCGUAUUUCUGGACUUGGAGCGGGGCAGGGCGUUUUAAAAAUGAUGCACCUAUGUUGUCAUCUAGGACUUCAUGGUGGAGAGGGUGAUACGAAAGGAAAGUCAUGGGCCUUGUUUCUUUUUUUUUUAUAUUCACCAAAUGACAGUCAGGUUUUAUUCAAAGGACUUUUUAUUUUCUAAAGCCCUAUUGAUAUUUUUGGAACGUUUUUUUCAAUCAUAUGUGAUGGUUCACAUACUACAGAUGCCUCCGUCCUCAAUACCAGGCCACCUGAGUGCUCUACUCUGCGAUGGAGUUUGGUUUGAAUCCGUCAAGUACCUGUUAUGUGGAAAUAUGCAAGGCGUGUGAGGAGGAGAGGAAAACAGAAUGUACUGUACCAUACUUUCUUCAUUUAGUUAACGAUGACGGACGAUACGAUAAGAAAACCCUAACAAAACACAAAUUAAUGUUUGUCAUUGUAUGCCUUCUGAUGCCAUAUGAUCUAGCUACGUAGAUCUAACAUUAUUUCAAUCUCUUUGUUUCAUGUUUUAUUUUGAUUUUUUUUUGUCAAGCAUUUUAGGUACAUGUAACUUAUGUCAUUAUUUAUGGUCUUUUAUAUCUAGUUUGUAAAAUGAUAGUAAAAGUGAAGAAAAUGAAGGGGUGCCAGGGUGCAUUCUUAUUAAAGUAGAAACCAUUCAA